AUGUCUAGCGACGAUGAGGCUGCCCCGGUCAGCAAAAAGAGGUCACUGGACGAUGCUCACGAUUCACCGUCGACAACGGCUCCCGAGUCGAAACGCUUGAAGACUGAUCUGACAGCAACUGCCGGAUCAGAACCUGCAGGAGUGAAAGCAGAGGAUGCCCAAGAUGCCCAAGUCGCAAGUACACCGAGUGAGUCGGCGCUUGAGGGUUCAGGUGAAAUACCUGUCUAUAAGCGAGGCGAGCUUAGUUUCCAGGUUCCUGGUCUCACUGGCAAACAGGGCUCCUGGCUGAAUCGGUUCAAGGACUGGGUGCGGGCUUUUCAAGACCUCAACUCUGAACAGAGUCAUGCUAUCUCGUCUUCCUUGACCCAAGCCGCGUAUGCUAACUAUAUCGAGCACCAUGCGGGCUUGAAGCCCAAGAAGCGACGAAGUGCUAAGCAGGUAGCGAAAGAGUUUGAGAGCACAGGCGAGUUAGCUGCUCUUCUGGAGAGCCUCCAGCCAUCGAAGCCUAAGGGAGCUUCGCAGGGAACACUUGACAGUUGGCUGGCUAAACAGCCCAACAAAGAAACUGGCCGCAAACGCAAACACUCGCGCACUUCUAGUAUCAGCGAGGGCGAGAUUGCGGACGACGGAGAUGCGGCCGACUCUGAGAGCGAAGUCGAAUACGAACCUACCCUGAGCAAACAGGAGCAGGGCGGAAAGGCCGCGUCAAACACAAACGAAGGGGCGUCGUCAUCCUUGGACAAAGAGCAAACAUCGGAGUCUUCAGACAAGCACAAUGCGCCAAUCGAUACCCAGAGAAACGUCCCCUCUGGAUCGGAAGCGUUGGAGCAGCAGCGCAUAUAUUUCCCCUCGGCCACUGAUCCUACUCAGAUGUGUCUGCUCUGCGGUCGGAGUACGCACCUGGCACCCAGUUGCCCAACGCUAAUAUGCUCAUCUUGUGGAAGUCUGGAACAUGCAGACAUCUGCUGCCCCACGAGGCAAAGAUGCGACAAGUGCCGCCAACUGGGCCAUGGGGCAGCUCAUUGCACCGAGAAGCUGGCAUUGACCAAGGAGGAAGGACUUGCUUGUGCAGUGUGCAGUUCGGCAGACCACCUUGAGGAACAAUGCACACUGCUAUGGCGAUCGUUUCACCCAGACGCGUUGACGAUCAAGAAGGUUGUGUCUAUCCCAGCGUCCUGCUCCCUUUGUGGGAGUGAUAUGCACUUCUCCGCUGAUUGCAAGCGCCGUCGCGAUAUUGUGCCCAACCCUACCUGGUCGAUCGAGAACCGCGACCAAUACAUUGACCCUGAAUGUGGCUUGGCUGCUAUCGAGGAUACAACGGGAGGGCUGCAAACCGGCAAGACGACGCGCGCUCCCGAGCUCAAGAUCCGCGGCCACGCUGCGCGGACGACAAACGUUCACUACUCAGAAAGUGAUGACUCGGAUGUAGAGUUUCUGGGCCACAGGCCUAUCAAGCAGAAAACACAACUGGGACAGAUUCGGAUGGCCAGUAAUAUUCAGAUGCCGCAGAACGGGAACUCCCAAAAUGGCAGACCGGGGAGAGCUUACGGGCAACCUCCUCCGCCAGGCGUUUCGUCGUACGGAUCGCAGCCAUCAGCGCCUCCCCCAUCGCUUCCUCGAAAACCUCCCACAAGGGACUACCGCAAUGUACCCCCACCACCUCAGCAGGGCUCCCGUGGACAGCCAAACAACGGCAACGCGCCUCAGGGGCCAAGGCCUAGAGGAGGUGGGCGUGGCGGACGCGGUGGACGAGGAGGUCGUGGACGAGGUAGGGGCAGGGGAAAAUAG